GGUCUCCAAACCCGGAUGUGCGCUUCCCACCCACAGCUGCGAAGCACGCACAGCUGGGCGCGUCCGCGAGGCGUAGCGAGUCAUACGGAGGCACUGCACUCGAGCUCAUUCAAUCGCGAGCCAGACGCCGACAAACUCGUACAGCGAUACUACCAUGGCCUCCGGAGUGACAGUGACCGAUGAUGUGAUUAAGACCUUCAAUGACAUGAAGGUGCGUAAAGCUGAGGAGGACAAGAAGAGUAGAAAGAAGGCUGUGCUUUUCUGCCUGAGUGAUGAUAAAAAGAGCAUCGUCCUGGAGGACGGCAAGGAGAUCUUGGUGGGUGAUGUUGGAGACACCAUUAUGGAUCCCUACUUGCACUUCGUCAACAUGUUGCCUCCCAAUGACUGCCGUUAUGGCUUGUAUGAUGCCAAAUACGAGACCAGGGAGACGAAGAAGGAAGACCUUGUCUUCGUGUUCUGGGCCCCAGAGAAUGCCCCUCUGAAGAGCAAGAUGAUCUAUGCCAGCUCCAAGGAUGCCAUCAAGAAGAAAUUCUCAGGCAUUAAGCAUGAGUGGCAAGCUAAUGGGCCAGAGGACAUCAAGGACCGGAAGUCCUUGGCAGAAAAGCUUGGAGGCUCAUCAGUGAUGUCUCUGGAAGGGCUUCCUUUAUAAGUUUAACUCCAGGUUGCACUUUGGGCCUAUCAGAAAGCAUAUUUGUGUUGGGGUAUGGCUUUUCAUUCUGAUACAAAGUGUGUGUGUGGAGGGGGGGUACUCUGGGUAGGUGGGGGUAAUAGAUGGGGGGGGGGUAUCUGACAGUUUUAAUUUCCAAUAUUGUUGGUUGUCAUUCCAGUUCACUCAAAUAAAACCAACACAAACGUGGUUUAUAAGUGCAUAGGGUAGAACUGAAAUUUAAACCGUGUAUGAGAACAGGUUUUUCUUUCAGAAUUCCUUUAGACUGAGGUGAGGACAGCAGCUGUUACAUUUGAAACUUCAUUCCUCCUAAUUUUUUGUUUUUGCCAAACUUAUUCACUUACGAUUAUUAGCUACACACCUGGUGUUAUACAACAUGCAGUGGGUUUUCAAACGGUUUUUGGGAGCUUUUUUUUUUUUUUUUUUUUUUUUUUUUUAAGAAUGUCAAUAUAAUUCCAGAAUUUAGAUAGAAUAUUAAAAUGAAACUGGAAAUAUUUUGAGACCAAAACAAACCUUGGCACAUUGAGGACUAAAAAAAACUUAGUUCAUUAACCAGUUAAUAUUGUCUUUUGGAAAAGCCUAUAGAAUGGAAUGAUAAAGGUAUUGCGGUAGCGUGUGUAUGGAGUGAAGGCUAUUUGCUGCGUGGUUGGAUGUUUUGUAUCGUCCCCUGAUCUCUAAUAAAAAGCACUAAACUAA